GUCUGCUGCUAAACUGGACACACUCACACUGCUGAUCCAGCAGUCACUGGAGUACAGCUCUUUUGAUGAGAAGAGUUCAGAUAAAUUAUCUUCCGCAAUAAAGUCUCUCCUGCUCACUCUGAUAAAGCUAAAGAAGGAUGUGAAGUUGAAACUGUUUCAGAGGCAUCUGAGUCAGGAUUGCCCGGAAUGCUGUCUUGACGAUCAGUUUAUGAAGUUUAUUAAUGAAUUGUUCGACAGUCGUGAAGUUGAUGAUUACCCUGAAUGCAUUGAGAGAGAGCAGGAGGAUACUGAGGUUGUGUGCAUAGUUGAGAAGUUGCUGGAGACCUGUGGCAGUGAGGGGUUUCUGCAGAUCACACUCCACAUCCUGAGGAAGAUGAAGCAGAAGGAUCUGCCUGAGCACAAGUCCAUAAAAAGAGCCCAGCAGGCACUGAAAACUCAUCUGAAGAAGCAGUUUGAAUGCAUAUUUGAAGGUUUUCCAAAGCAGACGACCCUCCUGAAUGAGAUCUAUACAGAGCUCUACAUCAAAGAGGGGGGAAGUGGGGUGGUCAAUGAUGAACACGAAGUCAGACAGAUUGAGACAGCAUCCAAGAGACAAACCACACAGGAGACUGCAAUCCUCUGCAAUGACAUCUUUAAGCCUUUACCUGGACAAGGGAAACCUAUCAGAACUGUGCUUACAAAGGGCAUCGCUGGCAUUGGGAAAACUGUCUCUGUGCGGAAGUUCAUUCUGGACUGGGCAGAAGGAAAAGCCAAUCAGGACAUUGAUUUCAUCUUCACUCUUCCUUUCCGAGAUCUGAAUCUGCAGGAGAAAAGAGAAUUCAGUCUGAUGCAGCUUCUGCAGCACUACUUUCCACAGCUGAAAGAGAUGAAAAGUGUUGAAGAUGAUGAAGUCAAAGUUGUAUUUAUCUUUGAUGGACUGAAUGAGUGUCGACUUCCUCUAAAUUUCCAAAGUAGUAAGUCCUGCACCGAUAUAACAGAGUCAUCAUCAGUGGAUGUGCUGCUGACCAACCUCAUUAAGGGGAAUCUGCUUCCCUCUGCUCUCCUCUGGAUCACCUCCCGACCAGCAGCAGCCAAUCAGAUCCCUCCUGAGUGCGUCCACCAGGUGACAGAGGUACGAGGGUUCAAUGACCCGCAGAAAGAGGAGUACUUCAGGAAGAAAAUCAGAGAUGAGAAGCAGGCCAGCAGAAUUAUCUCACACAUUACGUCAUCCAGGAGCCUCUACAUCAUGUGUCACAUACCAGUCUUCUGCUGGAUUUCUGCUACUGUUCUGGAGACAAUGUUGGGUAAAACAGAGAGUGGAGAUCUGCCCAAAACUCUGACUGAAAUGUACACACACUUUCUGCUCAUUCAGACUAAGGUGAAGAAUCAGAAAUAUCAUGGCACUGAUGAGAUAGACACAAAGAAGGUGUCAGCAUCAGAUACAGAUAUCAUCCUGAAACUGGGGCAGCUGGCUUUUCUACAGAUGGAAAAGGGCAAUCUGAUAUUCUAUGAAGAGGACCUGAGAGAGAGUGGCAUUGAUGUCAGUGAAGCUUCAGUGUACUCUGGGGUGUGUACAGAGAUCUUUAAAGAGGAGUGUGGGUUGCACCAGGAGAAGGUCUACUGCUUUGUGCAUCUGAGCAUUCAGGAGUAUCUGGCUGCCUUGUUUGUAUUUCAAUCAUGUGUAAAUGAGAACAGAAAUGUACUCAGAGCAGAAGAAUCAAAACCUCACAGUGACAGAGUGCAGCUGUCUGAGUUACACAGGAGUGCAGUGGAUCAGGCCUUAGAGAGUAAGAAUGGACACCUGGACCUUUUCCUCCGAUUCCUUCUCGGCCUCUCUCUGGACUCCAUUCAGACUCUCUUAGGAGGACUACUGACAGAGACAGAAAGCAGAUCAGAGAACAUUAAGAAAACAGUCCAGUACAUUACGAAGAGGAUCGAAGAGGAAUCUUCAGCAGAGAGGAUCAUCAAUCUGUUCCACUGUCUCAAUGAACUGAAUGACAACUCUCUAGUGGAGGAAAUCAAGAAUUUCCUGAGAUCAGGAAAACUUUCUGAUAAAAAGCUGGAACCAAAGCAAUGUUCAGCUCUGGCCUUUGUGUUACUGAUGUCGGAGGAGAUCCUGGAUGAGUUUAACUUGAUGACAUACAACACAUCAGCAGAAGGUCAUCAGAGACUGCUACCAGUAGUCAGGAACUGCAGGAAGGCCAUACUGAACAGCUGUGGCCUCACAGAGAAGUCCUGUGAUAUUGUGGCCUCAGCUCUCCAGAGUCCAAACUGUAAACUACAGAGACUGGACCUCAGCUACAAUAACGUGCGAGAUUCAGGAGUGGAGCUGCUCUGUGUUGAACUGAUGAGUCCAAACUGUAAACUGCAGAGACUGGGACUGAACAACUGUGAACUCACACAGAAGUGCUGUAAUACUGUGGCCUCAGCUCUCCAGUCAUCAAACUCACCCCUGAGAGAUCUGGACCUCAACUACAAUAACCUGGAAGAUUCAGGAGUGAAGCUGAUUUGUGUUGGACUGAUGAAUCCAAACUGUAAACUGCAGAGACUGGGACUGAACAGCUGUGACCUCACAGAGAAGUCCUGUGAUAUUGUGGCCUCAGCUCUCCAGUCACCAAACUCACCCCUGAGAGAUCUGGACCUCAGCUACAAUGACCUGGGAGAUAGCAAGCGACUCCGGGCCGGAUUCUGGCCUGAAGUCAGCACUGCCAGGCCGGACUCGGCGCAGAUCCGGCCCGGAUGGUGUAAUCUCACAGAGGGCUGCUGUGAUGUUCUGGCCUCAGUCCUGCGUUCUCCUGACUCAGAGCUGAGAGAUCUGGAGCUCAGAGACAACGAGCUGCAGGAUUCAGGAGUGAGAGCGCUCUCUGCUGGACUGGAGGACCCACACUGUAAUCUGCAGAGACUGGGGCUGUCAGGCUGUAGAGUCACACAGAGAGGCUGUGAUUCUCUGGCUUCAGCUUUGUGUUCAAACCCCUCACACCUGAGAGAGCUGGACCUGAGAUACAAUCAUCCAGGAGACUCAGGAGUAAAAGCGCUGUCUGCUGCUAAACUGGACACACUCACACUGCUAGAGAAACUUGUGGACAAUGGAGGAGAGAACAGGACCAAACCAGGACCCAGGAAAUACGGCUGUCAGCUCACACUGGAUCCAAACACAGCGCACAGAGGGCUGUCUCUGUCUGAGGGGAACAGGAAGGUGACACACACACUGGGGAGUAUGCAGCCAUAUCCUGAUCAUCCAGAGAGAUUUGAGUACUGGCCCCAGGUUGUGUGCAGAGAGAGUGUGUGUGAGCGCUGUUACUGGGAGGCUGAGUUCAGUGGGCCUGUGUGGGAGGAGGUGGGAUGGGUUUCUAUAGCAGUGACAGAUAAAGGAAUCAGCAGGAAAGGACGGGGGUCUGACUGUAGGUUUGGAGAGAAUAGAAACUCCUGGAGUCUGGAGAUGUUCAUUCACUUUGGUGGAAGCUAUGAAAUCUCUGUCUUUCACAAUGAGAAGGAAACACGCCUACCUGACCCCCCCUCCUACCGCGGAGCAGGAGUGUGGGGUGAUGGUGAUGGUGCUGGUAGAGGAGCGUGUGUGUACAGGGUAGGAGUGUGUGUGGAUCGUCCGGCCGGCACUCUGUCCUUCUACAGCGUCUCUGACCCUGACACACUGACCCUCCUGCACAGAUUCCACACACACUUCACUCAACACACACCCCUCUAUGCUGGAUUUAGCGGUCAGUCUCUUAGUGCAGUGAGCGCAUUCUGA